CUCCAGGAAACAGGAUAUCGGACCAACAGACCCCUGUUGCCUUGUAAUUGCUAUUAAGUAUUUUCUUUUUCUUUGUUCAGAAGGCGUGCAGAAGAGAUUUUUCUCGUCAGCAGAUAUUCUUACCUUCAGGAUUGCUUAAUAGUAUGCGAGAGGAUUUUUCCCGCUCACCUUAAGAAGCGCACACGCCAUUCUUUUUCUUUGUUGUGUAGUGGACCUGGAGCAAAGUAUGUACAAUUCAACCACUACUAAACAUCCUCCACCUCCUAGACGCUCCAGAGUUUAUCUUUGCCUCGGUUCGGGGAUUCAAUUCAUUGAUCCCGUCCCACGACGGCGGACGAAGAUGAGAAGAUGAUAGCUGGACGGUUUUUGUUGUACAAUCGCUAUUAGUAUUACAUUCUACGGAAAGGGAAAGAGACUGUGUCUCGGUGAAUAUAGCACACCAAAUAUCGUAAGAACUCACCAGGCUCGUAUCUACUUGCUGCCGGCACCGUCUCUGCUGCAAGGAUGUCUUCCUCACCACCGUCCCUGCCUCCCAAAGAAUCAUCGAACAGCAACAUGCCAGCUUUACGGAACAAGGGCAAGGGCAAGGGAAAGAGUUCUGCAGAUGCCAUGACGCCAUCUUCGAUGAACAGCGGUCGGAACAGCGCAGCAGGACCCCGCAUACCGCAAAUUGGGUCGCAACGCUCCGCCGCCGCGGCCCUGCCGAAUAGAUCCUCCAGCUCCACCAGACAGAUCAUUGCCUCAACCAGUCACCGCGCGGGUGGCUCCCGCCGGGGCGCCGGCGGAACAUCAGCGGGUGGGGUAAAUUUGCUUUACCGCGGCCCCUCGAGCGCAAACGUCAUCGGAGCUGCAAGCAGUAAUGUUAAUACGCCGACCAAUGCGGGCGGCGGACCUCCAGGAGGGGGGUUUAGCACGCCUAUGAGCGGCACCACUACGAUGAAUAAGAGGAGCUAUAAUAACGGGGGCAGUCCUGCAGCACAGUCAAGCGCUGGUCGGAAUGAUCCGAAUAAUAGCCCUGGUGGUGGCAAUUACACCACCAGUACUACUCCCCCCUCUAUCCGCGCCACUUCGAAGGAGAUCGCCGCGCAGCUCGACGAGUUAGACAUCGGGCGCCAGGCCUUUGAGGACGCCAAGUACCGCUACACGCAGGCGCAGAAGGAAAAACUGCUGAAGUACGAGAAGUCGCGCAACAAAAACAACCCGAAGGCGAAAUUCCUGGCGAAGCUCGAUUACUACUGCGGACUACUGAUCUGCGUGAACAUGCUGAUUUUAGGGAUUGAGAUCGACUAUGGCGAGUCUUUCGAGGCGGGGCCGCCGAAAAACCCCUUUUGGUGGGUCGAAACCUGCAUCCUGCUCGUGUUUUGUUGGGAGCUGUAUUACCGGCUGCGGUUCGAAAUCCAGAUUAAGGUGGUUACGAUCUAUGUCGACCCGGAGUCAACCGGCGACGAACUGGUGAACGCGCAGCUGCGGGAAAUUCUGAACGCGAAAAACGCACGGCUGGCGGGGGCCCGUGAGCGAGCGCUGCUGGACCGGGACGGCAUCGAGGACGAGCUGAAUGAGAACGCAACGAAGUCCAUGCGAAGGGUGAACCGAACGGGGAGAAGCUCGCUCAACAUAGACAUUCUGGACGGGGGGGACGGAGUCGAGGGGAGGCACAGUGCGACAGAAGAUCAAGAUCUUGAAGAAGUAGGUCAAAAUGGCAAAACAAAUGAUUUUCCCCCGCCUACGAGCCCGACCAACUCGGACGGUGCGCAGACCGUUGGUACAACUAGCAACGCGACGGAGACCAGUUCAACAGUGAUCGUCCCCCAAGAGCUGGAAAUUAUCGAGAUGGAGAUGCAAUUGACGGCGAAAAACUGCUUCCGGUACGGCAUGGUUUGGAUGACGUUGUACAGUAUGCAUUGCAAAAGAAUCGUAAUACGUAUGAAUUGCAUGACAAAUUUUUCCUGGAAGAAAAAUGAAACUUCUCAUGCAGAUUCGGGUAAUAAAGCAGAUCUGUAAUGCUAGCUGCGCAUUUAUACGAGUACGAUACUUUUGGAAUGCAUAUACAGCGGAACAGAACGCUUCGUGCAGGUAUCCUGGUACAGCCUCGACGCGCUGGUCAUUUUGGUGUCCGCGAUUGACGUGUGGGUCUUCGCGCUCUUCUUCGCGGACGACAACAAUGCGAAGAGCGUGUCCGCCCUGCGUAUUCUGCGUUUGCUGCGCGUGUUGCGGUCGAUAAAAUUAAUUCGGUACGUGAAGGACCUGUACAUCCUGGUGCACGGGCUGGGUCGGGCGCUGCGCUCCAUCGUGUGGGUGAUGGUACUGCUCUGCAUGAUCAUCUACGUGUGCGCGAUCCUGCUCACGUCGCAGGUCAAAGGCAACCAAUUUUACGAGGGGACCGAGCAGGAGCAGGCGACCAACACGGUGGACCCGGACCGGAAGAAGGUCCAUGAGUACUUCGAAAGCGUCUCCGCGUCGAUGCUGACGCUGUUUCAGGUGGUCACGCUGGAAAAUUGGCCGGACAUUGCACGGACUAUGAUGGAGGAAACGGGCGCGUACGGGUUUUUCUUCGCCAUCUUCAUCGUCAUCACGAAUUUUAUGAUGAUGUCGCUUUUCGUAUCCUAUGUAAAAACGUCCCCACACCACAGUCAAGAUCGGAAGUCUGCAACAAAAAUUCCUAAGUUUUGGGAGUUCUGCAUGACAAGUUCCCAUCUGCAGUUUAGUGCUGGUUAGCAAGGCAAGCCGCAUGAGAAAGCCACUUUCUCAUACUGUUUACAGCAUUACACAUCUCAAAACACGAUUGGAAAUGCCUCCCAUGGAGAUGCGCAUUACAGAUGUUUCUGCCAUUGCGCAUUUGCAUGACAGCUCUGGGGUGGGGACGUUUUUACAAAGGAUAUUUCGUGGGUGUGCUCGUCGACACCUUGCAAUCGGCCGCGAACACCGCAGACUUGACUAUCCUGUGCAAAAGUAUCGUACUCGUAUUGCAAUCAUGCAUUACAAAUCCUUUUGUUAAGGUAAAUCUGCAUUACAAAUUUUAUUUCUCAUGCUGAGGAAAUUUGUAAUGCAUUUAUACGAAUACGAUACUUUUGCAGUUCAUAUUGACACUGGUCCAGCAAAUCAAGCAGCAGCAAACCGCGAUGGCGCAGGAACUGAAAAUCGUCUUCGCCUUGGUGGACACAGACGGGGACGGGAGUGUCAGCCGGACCGAAUUCAAGAGGGCGAUGGGUGCGGAGGUGGGUGACCCUGGACAGGAGAAUCGGAACGGAAGCGGAAAAAAUCCAGCGGACCUUGCUGGAGGAGAGCAACAGGAGCAAGACGGCAUGCAGAUCCAGAGAUUCAGCACAACACAGAUGCUUCUCAGGGAAAAAAUCACGACAUUGAACGUCCAGGAAUCGGAAAUAGAUUGGCUCUUUGAGACCCUGGACACGGACCAGAGUGGCGAAUUGUCGAUGGAAGAGUUUGUGUCCGGAAUUUUGAAGGCCCGGGAGUCCGAAAUUUCCUUUCACUUCGUAUCCUGUGCAAAAGUAUCGUACUCGUACUAAUUGCGCAUAUGCAUGACAAAUCUCUUUCCUAAGGCAAAAUAGCAUUACAAAUUUCAUUUGUAAUGCUGAGCUAAUUUGUCAUGCGAUUACUAUCUAUUAUAUUCAUGCGAAAAAAGAGGUCUACAGAGGGUNCCAAGAUGUUGCGCCCCCAACAAAAAAACUUUUUUUACCCCCCCAAUAAGUGCGCUGGCAAAAAUGAUGCGAUUUGCCGAUUUUUCCGCCCUAAUGGAGAAAUAGCCCGGCUGUGUAUGGGAUUCUCAAGCAUUGCAGUCAACAUCUGUAUGCAUGAAUUUGCGACGCAAGAAUUAUAAGCAAAAAGUGAAAGGACGGAGUGUGGUCUGUUGCACCUCUACUGGCAACAUUACAAACUCGGCUUCUUUCACCGUUCAGAAACUUGUCAUGCGAAGUAGCUUCAACAUCAUCAUCAUUAUCACGUAGUGGACACCCGCUCCCUGCGCCACAGGUCAAGGAUCCCCAGCUUCAUGAUCGUGUGGAUGUUGUUGCUAGUUUUGCAUGACAAUUCAUGUAUACAGUUGAGAUGAGUGCAACGUUCGAGAAUCCACCCAUACUGCAGCUCCUCAACAUCGGUUUCUGGCUUGGCCAUCUGCGUUUUUUCGUCGAUCCCCUUGGCGGCGCCAAAGCUGGCAUCAAUGUAUAUGGCGUUCUCAAAUGUUACAUUCUCAACUGUUACAUGGAUUUGUAUAUGCAAGAACAGCAACAGUGAAAGUGGCAACGUUGCAACUUUCGCAUCACAGAUUUUCUACAGAGUAUCAUACUGCUUAGCCCUUCGAAAAUUUGUCAUGCUAAGCAGCUUGAUCAAGUGGAGGGCAAUGGCAAUUUUGCAUGGCAAAUCCAUGUAACAGUUGAGAAUGUAACGUUUGAGAAUCCCAUAAUGUAGUAGGUGCCGCUGCCCUUUUGCAUGGGCAGGGUGCUUAUCAAAUGUAAAAAUGUCUGGCUCUGGGUCUGGAAGAUUAUAAACUUGUCAUGCUGAGUUACUAUCUAUUAUAUUCAUGCGAAAAAAGAGGUCUACAGAGGGUCGAAGGGAGGUGGCCGAGAGGUCAAAAAGAGGUCAACAGAGGUCAAAAAGAGGUCGACAGAGGUGGAGAGGUCGCGCGGGAGGCCAUUCGGGAGGGUGGCAGAGAGGUGGCGCGGGUAUAGCCAGCCGAGCCGUUCACCCUAAAGCCGCGCCUAUAGGGACCAGAGGGGGCCGAGAGGGUCCCGAGAGGGUAAGCGAGAGGUGGACAGAGGUGCCGAGAGGUUGCGCGAAUAAGGGCGAACCUCUCGCGCACUCUCUGGGCCACCUCUCGGCCACCUCUAUAGACCUCUACCGGCGAGUAUAGCCGGAUUAUUAGCAACACCUCUCGGAAGAGGUGAAAAAGAGGGUCUGCGAGAGGGGUGAAAAAACCCGAAUCCGCCCGGCACAGAGCUGCUUUUUUGCGGCCUUUUCAUGCAUAGGCCCGAACCCUCUCGCGCUACCGUCUCGCGCACCCUCUCGCGCCACCCUCUCGCGCUACCCUCUCAGGCCACCCUGUCGCGCGUGAUCAAAAAGGGCAGCGCGGCCCCCGUUCUGCUUCGGCAGGCACCUACGCCGAGGCGGCUUCGUUUCGCCCCCAAGCUUCGCUGCAGCUGCUCCCUGCGCGUAGCGCCUGAAGGCGCGGGAAGCGCGCAGGAGGCCCAGCGGGUUGAGAUGGCGCAAACCGGCGCCAAUAUUUCCAUCGACCGAUCACGCCGCGCGCAAAGCUCUGGCGCUGUGGCCCGAUCCGCAAAUAGUCCUGCCCCACCACAACAGCCACUCGCCCCGGCGUCAGCCGGGGCAUGGCUGGUUUAUACUAGUGCGAUGCUUUUGCAUUGCAUACUUCGCCAGCCAGACCAAUUUCUUGCUACGGGAAUUCCGGAAGUUGGAGGGCAUAGUGUCCAAGCUGAGCAAAAAGUUGGAGGAAAGUGGGCAGCUGCGGGAGCAGCUACCGGGAACAUCUUCAACCUUGGACGACAAGAAGAAGAUAUGAAUUUCACACAGAGGCAGACUGAGGAAAAAUGGUUCGCAGUAUAGAAGUUCGAGUCUCAACAUUCAUGUACGACAUUCAAAUCCUCUCGUAGUAAGGUUUUAUGCACAUAAGUGCUAGCUGCAGUUGCAAAUGUAGUAUACAACCAAAAGCUGUAAUAUAAAAACGAAAGUCGCGAAGAUGCGGUGGACGUCCACGGCGCAAGAAACACAAACUGGUAGUUCCACCCAUAUGCAUAUGCAUAAAAAGAAACCCCUACUUCUCGCCGUGAUCGCGGGGUUCUACAUCCCUCCUAUUCAAACAUACUCCAAACUCCGUAUCGCCUACCCUUCAUGUCACAAGAUUUUUCUGAUCUCGAUUUUCCACGAUUUGUUUCAUCUUUCUGUUUCUUUAUGAUAGAAUGCGUGUGCCGCAUCGAC